AUGUACACUUCAGAGGACUCCAAGUUCUUUGUCGGGUCUGCCUACAACUUCAAGUCUGGGGAUCUCUCGAAGCCGGUAGAACGCGAUCCCAUCGAAAAGAUGGCGAACGUCAUUCCUCCGAUCCCAGGGAUCGAGGCCGGUUGGACUGUAAUCGGUGGAAAUCCAGCUGCUGAAGUGGACGCAGCAGCUCUCGCGGUGGGGUACCGCAAUUGGCGAGCCCGGUCUGGAAAUUGGAUAUGUGAAGAUCAUCGGCCGAGUGGACGCGGAGCUAUUCCAGCUGCGCGCAGCGAUAGCUUCAACGAGGCCAUGUUCUGCGAGUUUGAGAGGCGUGGUCUUCAAACACAGACGGCCAAUCCGUGCGUUCAGAACUUGGAGCUCUACGACUCUUUCCACGCUUCAGAGAGCGAGCAAAACUGCUUGGUGUUCUCCUCAUUCUUGCGCUCCACUCUCAAUCUCAGCCGCAGCGAAUGGAUCGCUGAAAAGCUGGCCAUUACUGCGCAUGCCCUCAAAAGGUUCAAGAACAUCGAGCCGGACUACGCUAACAAUGAAGCGGUGUCCAAGAUCAAGCGCAAGGAGAUUACCGAGGAGCACAAGGCUUGGGAAGCACCUGAUGUGGCGAAGGCCGCGGACGUUACCAAACUCCCGGCCUCUCCGCCGGAGGAUGAAGCCAUCCGCAAGGAUGUGCCGGCGUAUGGGGCGAGCGCUAGCAUUCAAAGCGUCGCCGAGCACAUCAAGGACAUUGUUGCGCAGGAAGCAGAUGGCGAUGUCAGCUACGAGCCGCCCGCUGCUGUGGAGCUUGUCGACGAGGGUGAGUAUGACAACCCUAGCCCGUCGAGCGUGGGUCGUAUCGUUGAAGAGCGGCGGUUGCACCAAAACCGGCCCCGACACGCAAGUCGGACGGAGACGAGGACGACUAUCGCCGCGAGAUGUUCGUCGAUCAAAGCUCCCCGCAAGGGGCAGCCAACCCAGCUGGAUCGUUGGCAAAGGAGUACCGCUACAACGGCAAGCUGCACCGGCUUAUUCCCUUUAACCCAGAAGACAUUGUCGGAGAUAAGGACGUAA